AUGCGCGCAGAGCGGCUGGCAGGAGGCGAGAAGAGGGAACGCAGGAAAUUUCCUGCUUGGCCGACAGCGGGGUCCUCCAGCCGCGGCAGGGCGAAUGCCAGGGCGUCCCCCGCUCGCCUCCGCCUCAGUCCGCCAGCGACGCUGCGAGGAGGGCAUGAGGAGCCGGCGCGCCUGCAGGAGCCGAGCUGGCCGAGUCCCCCGGAGCCUAUAGCAUCUUCUUCUAGUAGGUCCAUGAUGGAAUACUCCUGUUCAGUCUUGCUAAUUUCCAUUAGUUUUCUGCACGGCGAAGCGUUGCGUGGCAAUGGGACUGCAUCACUUAAUGAUACAACAACAAGCCCUCCAAAAGAAAACAGUCCACCGCCACAUCUGUUGACUUCAAUGCUGAUCCUGAUUCUGGUGUUUAUAAUUCUGAUCCUUUUAGCUGGCUAUUUCUUCAGGUUCAGGAAACACAGAAAAGCAGUGGUGACUUCAAGUGAUAAAAAAAUACCGAAUGGAAUCUUAGAAGAGCAAGAACAACAGAUGCUUCUCAGAAGGUCUCCUUCUGGCCCAAAAAAGUAUUUUCCUAUUCCAGUGGAACAUCUGGAACAUGAAAUACGGAUAAGAGCAGCUGAUGAUGGAAAGUUGUUUCGGGAGGAGUUUAAUUCAUUACCUCCUGGAUAUAUGCAAGGAACACUUGAGAUGGCAAAUAAAGAGGAAAACAGAGAAAAGAACAGAUAUCCCAACAUACUACCUUACGACCAUUCCAGGGUAGUUUUAACGCAAAUAGGUGGACUUCAGUGUUCAGACUACAUCAAUGCUUCAUAUAUAGAUGGCUACAAGGAAAAGAAUAAAUUUAUAGCAGCUCAAGGCCCUAAACAAGACACUGUAAAUGAUUUCUGGAGGAUGAUAUGGGAACAAAAGUCUGCAACUAUUGUCAUGUUAACAAACGUGAAAGAGAGAAAAGAGGACAAGUGUUUCCAGUACUGGCCUGAUCAGGGAUGCUGGACUUAUGGAAACAUCCGAGUUUCUGUGGAGGACUGUAUAGUUCUUGUGGAUUAUACUAUUCGGAAGUUUUGUAUUCAGUCACAGGUUUCUGAUGGCUGCAAAGCUCCCAGGCUUGUGACACAGCUUCAUUUCACCAGCUGGCCUGAUUUUGGAGUGCCUUUCACACCUAUUGGAAUGCUCAAAUUCCUAAAGAAAGUAAAAUCAUUGAAUCCUGCACAUGCUGGACCAAUUGUGGUUCACUGCAGUGCUGGUGUGGGUCGUACAGGCACAUUCAUAGUAAUCGAUGCUAUGAUUGACAUGAUGCAUGUCGAGCAAAAAGUUGACGUUUUUGAGUUUGUGGCAAGAAUCCGCAAUCAACGCCAACAAAUGGUUCAGACUGAUAUGCAGUAUUCCUUCAUUUAUCAAGCCUUACUUGAAUACUACCUCUAUGGUGACACAGAACUAGAUGUGUCCUCCUUAGAAAAGCACCUGCAGCCAUCGCACAAUGCAGCACCAAAUCUUGUCAAACUAGGGCUAGAAGAAGAGUUUAAAAAAUUAACAAAUGUUCGAAUAAUGAAAGAAAACAUGAGAACUGGUAAUCUGCCCGCAAAUAUGAAGAAAGCCAGAGUUAUCCAAAUCAUCCCAUAUGACUUUAACAGAGUGAUUCUUUCAAUGAAAAGAGGUCAGGAGUAUACGGAUUAUAUCAAUGCUUCCUUCAUAGACGGCUAUCGCCAAAAGGAUUACUUCAUUGCAACACAAGGACCUCUUCCUCACACUGUGGAAGACUUCUGGCGAAUGGUGUGGGAAUGGAAGUGCCACACAAUUGUAAUGCUCACCGAAGUUCUUGAAAGGGAGCAGGAAAAAUGUUUUCAGUACUGGCCAUCAGAGGGAUCUGUUACUUAUGGAGAGAUUACCAUCGAGAUAAAGAGUGACUCACUGGCUGAUGCCAUAAGCGUCAGGGACUUCUUGAUUAUGCACAAUCAGGAGAAGCUGGGCAGACUUGUCCGACAGUUUCAUUUUCAUGGAUGGCCUGAAAUUGGAAUUCCUGCUGAAGGGAAGGGAAUGAUUGACCUCAUUGCAGCUGUCCAAAAGCAGCAACAGCAGACAGGAAACCACCCCAUUACAGUGCACUGCAGUGCUGGAGCUGGAAGAACAGGUACAUUCAUUGCACUCAGCAAUAUUCUGGAGCGAGUCAAAGCUGAGGGGCUCUUAGAUGUAUUUCAAGCUGUGAAGAGUUUACGACUGCAAAGACCACAUAUGGUGCAAACACUGGAACAGUAUGAAUUCUGCUACAAAGUGGUACAAGAUUUCAUUGACAUAUUUUCUGAUUAUGCCAAUUUCAAGUGAAAACUCCUGCCUUAUUAUUAUUAAUUUAAUCAUCUGUACAGAGAUUUGUAAAUCAUGUUAAUUUAUUUCCAUUGACUUUUUAAAAACUCUAAAUGUACAUACUACCAUGUUUGGCUUGCUUGGAAUGCCUCCUUAGAUGUAUAAAUUAUUCAAGACUUUCACUCUCUGAUCCAAAGGAGCAUGCGCAGAACCAUUUCAAAAAAACCCUGAAGAACCUGUUUGAUCCAGAGUCCCACUUUCCCUCCCAAACAGCAGGAUUGCUAUUGUUUUGAAAUGCUCAACAUGUGCAGCUUCAGCACAUAAAAUAGGGGAGCUGCACAUCUAGCACACUUUUGCAUGUGGGACACCCCAUUCAGCUGGGGAUAUAUGUGCAAAGGCUGUGUCUGUGUAUCUAGUUCCCCAAGCUGGAUCAAGGUGAUCUUUAAAGUUUUGCAUAACAGAUGGCCGUGUACAAUAGAUCACAGUAUAAACUAUUAUGAAUAUAGGGCACAAUCCAGCCUAUGUUAGGCAUAUUCAAUACUCACUGAUUUCAGUGGGUGUAUUAAGCUUAUGCUUAAAUUUUUCCCAUUGAAGUUAAUGGGAUUUGGAGUCCAGUUAAUGGUCUGGGAGCACUUGAUGCUGCAGCACUGCUGAAGCUAAGUGUGCAUGGAUCUGAUCAGCCCCUUGGAUGGGAGUCCAUUGAAGAACAGGAAAUAAAUACUUUUAAAAUUCAUUAAUGGGACUUCAAAAAUGCUUGGUUUUGGCUGGAUCAUACCCAUAUUUUUCCCUGAACAUCUAUGAAAUUCUGCUUUUUACUUUUUAACUUUUAGAUGACUUAUAAAAUAACCCAUGUUUAUAAAGCAGAGGAAUAAGAGUAAAUAGGCUGGAUCCAAAUCCAUGCACAUAACAAUUAUUUCUCUUAGAGCAAGUUCCACACAAUGGCCACAUGCUACUAGGAAACACUGUGUACACCCCACUGAAAUGAGUGUGGCCACCCAAGAGCAUAUGCAUUUGCUUGCUGCAUUAAUCUCAGUAUUUACAGAGUAUUCUUUUUUUGGUUGUGGCGGUGUUUUGAUGCUUUUAUGUUCAUCAGCACCUUGCUCCACUUUUAAACCUAUUGAUGCUAAUGUGAACUGCUGACUGUGGAAGACACUAUUUGAGGUGCUCUAGAAAGUUGGUUAAUAUUCUACAACUAUUAAUCUUAACAUUCAAUAGCCAGGUUAUAUCCGUUUGCUUUUUUUUGGGUAUUUUUUAAGCAUUCUUCCUGUUAAGCACAACUCAUUCAGUGGGUUAUAUAUAAUGGUACAUGAAUCCUCCACAAGCAACUGUCUAAGAUUUUGAACCUUAGCAAAAAACAUAAAACAUAUAAUUAUUUUUGAAGACAAGAUUCUCUAGACAGUUCUGUUAUAAUUGCAAGCUGUAACUUAGCACCAUAAUGCAAAUACUGAGUUCGUUGAAUUCAGUUAAAUAAUCUUAAAAGAUCACCUUAAGUUAUUUAACCUGAUAUAAUUUUUGAAAAGAAAUAUUAACAUAAAGUAACAUUUAAUGUAAGUUAAUUAAUCAAUAUUUUGAAACUAUUUUGUAUUUUGAAAAGAAAGAGGUUCUGUUCUUGCUAUCACAAAAAGGUAUAUUGCCAGAUAGAAAGCAAAUAUAUAAAGGAAAACAUAUACUUUCAAUUUAAAACAAUCUAGCUUAAGAUAGUUAUGGCUAAGCACUACUGAAAGCAACACAACUUCAGUAAUUACAUAGUGGCAAACUUGCUUCACUGGUGUCAAUGGAGUAUAGUCAUGACAAAUCUUUAGUUGAAUCAGGGAAUAGCAUCUACUGAAGUCAAGACAUUUACUUCCAAGUCCUUAGAAUACUGGUGUUAGUGUUCAAUUAAGGACACAGAUAAAUACACUUGUGCUCCUUUAGUGUUGGUGGUACUUAAUGGGAAUGAACAGUGUCCUGAAUUGUGUCCCUACAAAUGGUGUGGUACUCCUCAAUGCCAGUAUGCUUUCAGACCUCCUAUAUGACCUAUGAUUUCACAAUUUUCUCCCUUAUUGUAAGUAUACAGAACUAUCCCAGUAGUGUAGCCAAUGAAGUAUGGACAUGUAGGAGUGCCCACAAAAUUUGGGUUUGGGCUGUUGGUGCACAACAAACCAUUUACUGUUAGGGCACAAAACCCAUUUGUUUUGAACUGACUUGUAUGAUGGGUUGCUUCCUAGGGUUUUUACUUGAAUGGCUGUGACAAUAUAUAAAGCCCCAUGUGGCAAUGUCAUCGUCUGGACAAAACUAGCUUUGGAGAAAAAUGACAAAACACACAGUACAUUUUAUAUCUAUUGCUCCCAUCUUUUUAGAAGGCAUAAAUUAAAGAGCACAAGUACAAAAGAAUAAUUUGUAUAUAAAUGUCUAAUAUGCAAUAGUUUGGGCUUGUUCAUUGGUGUGUGUUUUUAAUACAACAAGGAAAGCCUUAUUGACAUCUAUGUAGACUUUAACCUGGUCAUUACAUUUCAGCUCCUGCAUUAUUUUAAUCGAUGUUCAUUUUAAUACAUGACUGGAAGAAGGGUGGAUACUUUUAGCAAUUCAGAGGAUUGCAAGGUGUCCACAUGAGUCUUUUACUUACCGACUUUUAAUUGAAAACAGUUCAGGUUAGUCUAUAAGCACACUGUUUUUAAAGCACUGCCAUUUUAUUGCUUGUGUCUUCCCAGUAAUGCACUUCUGUAAAUCUAUAUGUAUAUGUACAGUUGUUAUGCACUUAAUGAAUAGAAUUUAUUGUAAGAGGUGAUUGAUGUUAAGCUCUCUAAGCCCCAAAGCAAACACCAUUAUUUGGUUUAAGAGUUGAAUGUAAAAUAAGCUUUCUAUCAUAAUAAGUUUGGAAAUCCAAACUCCAAAAUGUGAGGAAUGAACAGUCCAAUACACUAUGGACCCAAAUCUGUGAGCACAUUAAUAGAUGAAGAUAGGUUUUUUAAAAACCACUGUUUCUAUCCACCACUUUAGAAGCUGCUUCCAACAGCCUUAAGAUGUCAGACGCUUUCUAAUGCAGUACAAAUUGUGUGGAAACUGCUUUUUCAAAAUACUGGGGUUUUUAUUUAGGUAUGACAAAACCAUAAUCAUAUUCUUCCUAAUAUCUCUAUUUUUGUUACAAUAGAGACAUGUGCUAGUCCUGGUAUUGAGUUUUUGACUACUGGAUAUUAGUAACACCUUUAGGCAUUUUUGGUGUCCUGGUGAAUAUGCCCCCUCAGUUUUCUUGGCUCCUUGAUGAAUGGCCUCUCUGCACUUAGCCAAAGUAUCUUAUUUAGCUUGAUAACAGAAAAAUAGUCUUUACAGUUACCAAUUUAGUCUCCGUCUUCUAAUUUCCCACUUCUUAGCUUUCAGUAAACCUAGAAUAGCAUAGGUAGCUGCUGUUCCCUCAUCCAUGACACUGGAAUUCCUUGCUUCUCUUAGUAUCUGGUCCAGUACCCCUUCCUUGACCUCUGACCAGCAACCAUGGCUAUAACUGUGAAAUCUGCUUAAGGGAAAGCAUUGCAGUUGUUCCUUUUUAAAUUAUCCAAACAAAGUCAUUUCCAGAUGUAGAGAAAAAUCCUGCCUUGGUGGAAGGAAGUAAUUAUUAGAUAAUAUUUCUAAUAGCAUCCAGAACUCUCUUAAUUUGUUGCUUGUUCUGUAAAGCAAUAUUUAAAAACGUAAGAUGUGGGCCAGAAAUGCACAUAGCGGAAUCCAUUAAUGAAGUAGGGAUGUUUUAGCUUUUCUUAUAUUUACCCAAGUGAAGCCAGAAUACUUGGGGUGAGGCUCAUUUUGGUAAUACUAAUAUGAGUGCACUUAAAAUGGAGCCAAAUGAGCAGCUUUCCUCCCCCAAUGUGGAAUAAUUUCUAUACUCAACAGUUUCAGAUAAUUCCGUGGGAUUAAAUUCUCUGAAGUAAUCUGAAGCACAAAACAUUCUCUGUGGCUUUGUUGGAUUCCCUUCAGACAAUCUAGUUCUACUAGGUUCUCCCAUUUGGUGAUGACAAGACUUGCCACAGUUGAGGAAAUACUGUGCUACACCCAGCCAAAUCACUUUUAAUCACAACUAAUCUGUUUUAUGAGGUUGGUGAAUUGCAACUUUAGAAAGCUUGUUUUUCACUUCAAGGUGUUUAGUCAAAUAAGACUGUGAUACUUCGUACAAUGGUAUAACAAACAUAUUUAUGGGUUUCCACACUUAAAUUUUUUUACAUUGCAUGAGAUUGCAUUAAUAAAUGCCAAACAGUGAUUAGAAAUUUAUAUGUUCUGAUCUGCAUAUCUAGUCACUAUGUGACUCAACUUAUUGUCUUGUGUGACAGUGGACAUUGAUUGCCAAAGCUCUUAAGUACAUGCUUAACUCAGAAACAGUGCACAAAUAGUAAUAUUGUUAAAGCAGUUUAUUUCGAAGUAUGUUUCUAGAAACCCGGGGUUCCUUAUCAAUUUAUCAGGGAGUCAACAAUAGCCCUAUUUGUGUGUUAAAACCCUCAUGCGAUUUUACUUGCGUAAGGAGAGGGCAGGGGCGUGUCAGCUCCCCAACUUCACCCUCCACGAGGCUGGAUGUCUGCUAUAUGCAUGUAGAUCCAGUGUGAUUUAGAACCUUGCACAAUCAGCGUCCUGAAUCAUGUGGAGAGCUAACACUAAUGCAGCAGCGUCCUGGCUACAGAUCUUUGCCCUCCAAUGCAUGGAGGGAGCAGGCCAGCACUCCCUUUAUUGCAUCUUUUUUAAUACCUUGCAAGGACUAACAACAAGAUAAAGAACUGUAACUUAGCUAACCAAAAGGCAUCUUAUCAUUUGUUACUGAUAUUUUCCUGCAAAGUACAGCAGCGGAGGAGACAUGUCCUUUGCAGGCCUGGCACCAGGGAUUAGCAAAAUCUGGCAGGACCCCCUCUAAUAGUUUAUAUACAUAAAAUUGCUUUAAAAACAAACAAGAGCAGUGCGCACACAUGCAUGCAAACAGUUAAUGUGUGUGGGAAAAUGUAGCUGUGUGGGGAAAGGAAGGCUCUGGUCUUGACCUUCUGUUGCCUGUAUGACAGCCAAGGUGUUUCCAUUCUAUACCGUACUUGGAUUCCUUGCUCCCCUGAUUGUCACAGGAUUUGCAGAGCCCACAAUCAGCCACAACGUUCAGGAUUAACUCCUCCUUGGCACUGUUGCAGAAGUUGGGAGAGCCUAAGCUCACAGUUUGCCUGGUCUCCCAUGUUACCAGUAGUGGAUGCUGUAUCAGGCAGAGCAGGUUCUGUGCUCCCGACUCAUCUGCUGUUAGAGCCAGCCCAUCUGCACGCCCCAUUUAGUCAGCCAGCUAGCCCUCUGCAUGGAGCUUAGGAGCAAAAGAAGAUAUUGGAGGAAGCCCUGCUCAUGCAUUCAAAAGAACACCUGAGCUUGAAACAGUCCAGGAGUGUGUGCACCAACCCCGCCUCCAGUAUCCUCAUGUGUGCUAUCUCCACUCUCUCCUCUCCUGAGGUUUGAGCAGAAAUAUCUGCAGCAAUAUUCUAGCUGCAUUCAGAAAUUCCCUGCAGACCUUUGUGCUCAGAGCUCAAAAGGUUAGGAGUAGGAAGCAUGCAGAGGGUUACUGGGGGCAGGGGCAGCAUUGCAUCCCUGUGACCCUACACAAUUUGAACUCUCAUGUACUCUUUUGUAUGCAUGAAGUGUGCACUCUCUUGUAUUUGAUGUGGAUGUGUAUCUCUGUGUGUGCACGCUUCUGCAUCUUUCCUCUGCGUGUUCAGGCCUCCUGCUAUCUCUUGCAUGGGGUCCAAAGAAUCCUGGAAACAGCCCUGGUGCUGUGGGACAUACGUGCUCUGUAUAGGGGCCAGCUAGUCUCACUACGCAAAUUUAAGAAUGUGACACAAUGCACUCCAGAAUUCCCUGCAACACACAACAUAGUUCUUGGCAGACAACUCAGUGUGGAAAGCAUUUCUUGAUGCAAGCAAGUUUUGAAAUCUUGUACUAAGUAGAUACUUAAUGGCUUGGGUUAAUCAGGCCCAACAGAAGAAUGCCUGCUGUAUUGAUUAGUGUUUUGAAAAUGACUUUUAUGAAUUGGUUUUUAAAGGAAUUUGAACAUCUUUGUUUCCAGCAUUUGAAAAUGUUUUCAUUACGCAGUAUCAUUUUUAGUAUGUUGCUACUGAACCUUAUUCUGUAUAUGCAAAACUAUAUUUAAUUUAUGUCAAGAUCUUUAUAAUAUAUGUAUGUAUUAUACAGUGAUAUUUUCUUUUAUUACAUUUAUAAUUUGAUCUUGCUGUAUUUAUAAUGCCAGUGAAUGUUGCUGAAUUAUUUGUAUAUGCAAAUCGCAAGAUCUAAUAAUUCUGAUGCAAGAACAAGGUUUCAUUUUUAUUUUCA